AUGAGCCGCAAAAAUACGCCGAGAUGCGGCUCGUCGCUCGAGAAAAAGGUUUUGUGCUGGGGGAAAAUUUGAAUUUCUGUUUUUUCCGCGCGCGUCACCCAAAACUCUUGUAUUGCAGGACGUGACGUCGCCAAUGUGCAGUCCGCGAACGUCGGAAAGUUUGCACAAUUUUCUCGCCGAGCCCAGAGCACCGAAGAAUAAGAUGAUUAUUGUGCAUUUGCCGUUUGAUCAGCACAGUAAGGUGGAGGUAAGCGAUGUUUUGUUGUGCAAUUGGAAAAAUGGGGAAAAUUUGCGGGGUUUUGGGGUUAUGACACGAAAGAUGUGGUUUUUUGGGGUCUUGACACGAAAAAUGGUGGUUUUUAUGGUCCUGAAACGAAAUUUUACCAAUUUUUGGGUCCUGUCACGAAUUUUUAUUAUUUUUCUGGGUCCUGACACGAAUUUUCAUACAUUUUUGAGUCAUGGCACGAAAAAUGGUGAUUUUUAUGGUUCUGAAACGAAUUUCUACGAAUUUUUGGGUCUUGCCACGACUUUUUAUGAUUCUCCUGAGUCCUGACACUAAUUUCUUAUGAUAUUUCGGCGUCUGAAACGAAAAUUCACGAUUUCUCAAGUUCUGACACUAAUUUUCAUGGUUCAGAUACAAAAAUGGUGAUUUUUAUGGUCCUGACACGAAUUUCUACGAUUUUUUGGGGCCUGACACGAAAAUGUAUGAUUUUCUAGUUUUAUUGUGAUUUUUUUUCAAAAAAUAAAACAAUAUCUGAAAGUUCACGUCCCAAAAUUCUCAAAACAUUCCAAAAAUCCGAAUUUUUCUCAAGAAAUGAGAUCUAAAAAUUGCCACGUCAUAGAUCACGCUUAUUUUAAUUUCUAGAUUCAAAAAAUCGCAAUUUUGUUCCAGGUUCGACCCGGCGAAACUGCCCGCGACGCAAUCGCAAAACUCCUCAAAAAACGCGACAUAACACCGCAACUAUGCCACGUCAGCAGCUCGGCCGAUCCAAAAUCCGAAAUUAUCGAUUUGUCCGAAACGAUGGAAUCGAUUUCCGAACGGCUGGCCGAAAAUGAAUUAUGGGUACAUAGUGAAUAUUUGAAUACGGUUUCGUCGAUAAAAGUGAGUGAUUUUUGGGACAAAAACGUGAGAAGAUGAUAAAAUUUGAAGUCGGGGACUAGAAAAUUCACAAAAUUUGGUCCAAAAUGAUCUUAUUUCCACCACGUGGCCUAGAAAACCAAAAAACUAGUCCCCAGACCAAAAACUAGUCAAAAAUCAUGAAGUUUUCCAAAUGACCGUAUUUUUGCCACGUGGCCUAGAAAUCCAACAAACUAGUCCCUAAGGCCUAGGAAUACUAAAAAUUAGUCCCCACGCUGAAAAAUGUCAAAAAUCAUCAAUUUCUAAUCAGAAAUGUCCCAAUUUCAACCACGUGGCCUAGAAAACCAGAAAACUAGUCCCGAGGCCAAAAACUAGUCAAAAAGCAUGAAGUUUUGAUCAGAAAUAACCCGAUGUUCAUCUAGCGGCCUAGAAAACCAAAAAAACCUAGUCCCUAAGCUAAAAUAUGCUCAAAAAUGACCCAAUUUCAACCACGUGGCCUAGAAAUUCGAAAAACUAGUCUCCAAGCCUAAAAAUGACCCAAUUUUCAACCACAUGGCCUAGAAAACCAAAAAACUAGUCCGCAGGCUGAAAUUUUAUCAAAAAGCAUCAAUUUUCCAUAUAAAAACUGCCCAAUUUCCACCCCGUGGCCGUGGUCUAGAAAACCAACUUCUAUUUUUCCAGCACGCAAUAGUGCGGCGCACUUUUAUCCCGCCAAAACCGUGCGACGUGUGCAACAAUCCAAUAUGGAUGAUGGGAUAUCGAUGCGAAUUCUGCCAAUUCCAAUUCCACCAACGAUGCUCCUCGUUUGCGCCGUUGUAUUGCGAUUUGUUGCAGUCGGUGCCGAAAAAUGAAGAUGUGAGUAUUUUUGGGGGAUUAUAGGCCUAAAAAUGGCCUGAAAUGGCCCAGUUUUACCCACAAAAAGCCCGGUUUUCCAGCUUGUCCAACGAUUAAUGGGAAUCGCAUCAGAAGUUGAAGGACCCGAUAAAUCGGUGGCUGAAAUUGUGCUCGCAGGCUUGGCUCCAACCAGCGGACCAUCUCCAACCCCAGAAUCCAGUCAUUCCGAUCUCACCAACAUCAAACGAACUGGCGGCGUCAAAAGAGCCGGAGCCGGACAUUCCGGAAUCUCCGCAGGUGCCAGCGGAACUCCAGGAGGUGCACAGUAUUCUGAUGUCUCUUCGCUAUCACCGUCGGUUGGUGGACCGUAUCCAAGAGAUCGAUCAUCGUCGGCCCCAAAUAUUAAUGCGAUUAAUGAUGGAGCUAUGACACAGCAUAAUGUGAGUUUUUGAGUUUCAGCUAUUUUCAGCACCGAAGAGCUUAGAAAUCAGAAUCGCAGUGAAAUUUGGCGUCGUAUGAUACCCAUAUCUUAUAUUUUAUCUUCAAAUUGACGGGGUCUAUUUAGGCCACGCCCCUUUUUGCAUAUUGCGGCAUGGUUUUUUGAGUAUCACGGAUCCUGUUGAAAAUUGAAAUCUAGGGGUGAUUUUAGGUCCUGAGAACGAAAAUGAGAUUUAUUUUGCUUAUUUUUGAUUUUUAGAAGAUUUACUACUGUUUUUGGAGUUUCAUAACUGGCGAAAUUAGUUUAAUGUGCUAUUUACAGCUCUGAAGAGCACAAAAAUCAGAAUCGCAAUGAAAUUUGGCGUUGAAUGAUACACAUAUCUUAUAUUUUAUCUGAAAAUUGACAAGGUCUAUUUAGGCCACGCCCCUUUUUGCAUAGUGCGGCAUAGUUUUUUGAAAAUCUCGAAUUUUGCUAAAAAUUAGUUUUCUUAGGUUAUUUGGGACACUGAGAACGAAAAUAACGGUUAUUUGAAUUAUUUUUAGAAGAUUUACUGCUGUUUUUGGAAUGUCAUAACCUGACGAAAUUAGUUUACUGUGCUAUUUUAAGCUCCCUAAAACCCGAAAUUCAGAAUCUGAGUGAAAUUUGCAGUUGAAUGAUACCCAUAUCUUAUAUUUUAUCUGAAAAUUGGCAGGGACUAUUGAAGCCCCGCCCCUUUUUGCAUAGUGCGGCAUGGUUUUUUGAAUAUCUCAGAUUUUGCUGAAAUUUGAGGUUUAGGGAUGAUUUUGGGUCCUGAGAACGAAAAUGAGAUUUAUUUUGCUUAUUUUUGAGUUUUAGAGGCUCCCCGAGAGAAAAAUUGAUGAAAAUUUUCCAGCAACACAUUCUGGACACCCUAGAAGCUCAACGUCUCGAAGAAGAAUCCAAAGAUAAAACCGGCUCACUUCUCCUCUCCACCCAAACCCGUCACCGUCCGCACUUUCAAUCCGGACACAUUCCGCCUCCGCCUCGACUCCUCAACAAUCAUCGCCUGCAUCCGCUGAGCAGCGAAUUCACCGCCGGCUCGGCGAGCCCAUCCUCCACCUGCUCAUCGCCACCCGGCGGCGGACAAUUGCUCUCCACCACCGCCCACCACUUGCUCCACACCCUUCCGCUCACACCGCCACAAUCCGCACCGCCGCAAAAAAUCUCGCCCGGAUUCUUCCGCAACCGAAGUCGAAGUCCCGGCGAACGACUCGACACGCAACGCACCAAAGCGACGAAUGCCGGUGGAAGCGCUGCGGUCACACCGACUGGCGGAACACAAAAAGCGCAUCAUGAGGAUUGGGAAAUUCAGCCGAAUGAGUAUAUUGUGAGUUUGAAGGCGGGGACUAGAAUUUGACAUUUGGGUUUCUAGGCCACCUUUAGCUUUUUAGCACAAAUUUUCGAGCUACAGUAACCCGAAUCUCGAAUUUUUCCAGAUCUACAACAAAGUUGGCUCGGGCUCUUUUGGAACCGUAUACCGUGGCGAAUUUUUCGGCAAUGUUGCCAUAAAAAAGUUGAACGUCGGCGAGCCGACACUUCAACAAUUGGCUGCCUUUAAAAAUGAGGUAAGCCCGGGCUUUUUCAGGCUUUUUCAGGCCCAAAAAUCUGCCUAAAUUCAAUUUUCAUCCUUCAGGUUGGAGUUCUGAAGAAAACACGGCAUUUGAAUGUGUUGCUUUUUAUGGGAUGGGUUCGAGAACCCGAAUUGGCAAUUAUUACACAAUGGUGUGAGGGAAGUAGUUUGUAUCGACAUAUUCAUGUUAGAGGUUGGUCGGAUUUGAAAUUGGCGUGAAAUUUGGAGUUGAAUGAUACCCAUAUCUUAUAUUUUAUCUGAAAAUUGACGGUGAAAUUAGGCCACGCCCCUUUUUGCAUAGUGCGGCAUGGUUUUUUGAAAAUCUUGGAUUGAGCUUAAACUUUUAAUUCUAGGGUAACUUUUUGCGCUGAAAACGAAAAUAACAAUAUUUUCCACUAAAAAUCUAUUUUUCCUUACAGAACCACGGGUCGAAUUCGAAAUGGGUGCAAUAAUCGAUAUUCUCAAACAAGUUUCGUUGGGAAUGAAUUAUUUGCACUCGAAAAACAUUAUUCAUCGAGACUUGAAAACCAACAAUAUUUUCCUGAUGGACGAUAUGACGACUGUGAAAAUUGGUGAUUUCGGAUUGGCUACGGUAAAGACGAAAUGGACCGCCGGCGGACACCAACAACAACAACCAACUGGAUCGAUUUUGUGGAUGGUGGGGUUUUUGGGAUUUUUGAGCUUGGGAGGGUUAAAAUGAGCACAAACAUGAUAAAUUUCCGAAAAAUUUGAGAUUUUCAACAUCAAAUCUCACAAAUGAACCUGAAAUUUAAAAAAUGUUGCCACGUGGAUUUUUUAGCCUGAGAUUCUGAAGAAUUUUCUGAAAACUGUGGAUUUUUGUUCAAAAUUCGAAGUUAUACUGAAAAAUCAGAGUUUUGAAAAGAUUUUGUUCAAAAAUUGAUUUAUCUAGUUUUUUCUCCGGAAAUGUUCAGAGUUUUCGUUAAAAUUUUCACUGAAACUUCUUCCACGUGGAUUUUGAGCUCAAAUUUGAAAUUUUUGAGCUUGGGAGGGUUAAAAUGAGCACAAACAUGAUAAAUUUCCGAAAAUUGUAGAAUUCGCCAAUAAACCAACACGACAAUUACAAUAGUUUAUUACAUUUAGAAUGAAAAGAAAAGACUAAAUUAUAAGAAAACAAUCAGUAAGCUUUUCGUUUGAAGCGUUAAAUGACAAAGCGAAUUCUUUGUCGUCGCUGAGCCAUAUAGAUUCCUUGAAUAGGCAGGCUUGUUGCGCGUUAGGGGCCCAGAUAAAGGCUGCCCCUUCUUUUUGGUUACAAAAGCCGCUUUCAUACUUGCAAUUUGUCAUGAUGCCAGCGGGGGAUUCAGGUGCAGAUUGGUCGUGGCGGGCACUGACUAUUGUGCUGAUGAUAUAUUCUUUCUUGGUAACUGAAAGUUGUUCGGAAUUAAAAGCUUCGGAAUGGACAUCUGCUAUGCUUACCGAAAAAGUGGAGGUACAUAGUUCGCACUAUUUUACACAGGGUUGCGCUUGACUCAUAAAUUUGAGUGUUUGGGCGAAAAUUUUCAAUAUUUUUCUAGUAAUAUCAGAGUGAGAAGACAAUUUUGAGCAAUCAAUAGAAGAGGGAAUUUUCAAAUAAGAUACUAGAGAAUGCGGUAAACCCGGUCGAUGCACCAUGUAGAAUUCUCCAAUAAACCAACACGACAAAUACAAUAUUUUAUUACAUUUAGAAUGAAAAGAAAAGACAAAACUAUAAGAAAACGGAGGCUCUUUUAAAUUGAGCCGUUUUCCAAUCAUUGUGGGCGUUCAUUGAUAACGGCUUUAUCUAUUAAAUUCCGCAAAAUGUUGUACUUUGAUCACAGUUGAUGACAUUUUUAACACCAGAGCUCAAAAAUGAGCUCGAAAACCAGAAUUUUCACCUGAAAUUGAAAAAAUUUUGCCACGUGGUUUUUAAGCCUAAAAUUCUGAAGGAUUUUCUGAAAACUGUGGAUUUUUUGUCCAAAAAUUGAAAUUUAUACUGAAAAAUCAGAAUUUUUCAAAGAUUUUGUUCAAAAAUUGAUUUUAUUAGUUUUUUCUCCGGAAAUUUGCUGAGUUUUUGUUAAAUUUUUUCACUGAAACUUCUGCCACGUGGAUUUUGAGCUCAAAUUUUUCAUGAAAACAUCUUCUAAUCAAAAUUUUGCCACGUGGAUUUUUUAGCCUGAAAUUCUGAAGAAUUUUCUGAUUAAAAUUUUGCUACGUGGAUUUUUUUGUCCACAAUUCAAAUUUAUACUGAAAAAUCGGGAAAAAAAUUUUGCCACGUGGAUUUUCGGCCUGAAAUUCUGAAGAAUUUUCCCUAAAACCCGAAUUUUCAAUAGUUUCACGUUAAAAUUCAAACUUUAUUGAAAUUUUCUGAAUUUUAGCUCUAAACCAUUCAUUUUUGCAGGCUCCCGAAGUGAUCCGAAUGCAAGACACCAAUCCCUACACACCAAAAUCAGAUGUAUAUUCAUUCGGAGUUUGUAUGUAUGAAAUUCUAUCGGGUCACCUACCCUACUCAACCAUCAACAAUCGCGAUCAAAUAUUGUUCAUGGUCGGACGCGGCUAUUUACGACCGGACACGUCGAAAAUGCGCGACGAUACGCCGAAAUCAAUGAUGAAGUUGUACGAGCAUUGCAUCAAAUUUCAGCGAGACGAAAGACCCGAUUUUGGAGAUGUGAGUGCAUUUUAACCACCGAAUUUGUGAUCAGCUUGAAAUUUCACGCCGAAUGAUACCCAUAUCUUAUAUUUUAUCUUUAAAUUAACGAGGUUGAUUUAGGCCACGCCCCUUUUGCUAAGUGCGGCAUGGUUUUUUGAAACUCUCGGAUUGACUUGAAAACUUGGUUCUAGGGGUAAUUUUGGGUUCUGAGAACGAAAAUGAGAAUAUUUUCUAGAAAAAAUCAACUUGAACUUUAAAUUUAGUAUCAAAAUGCUCUAAAUUUCAAGCCCCGCCCCCUUCUGCAACCCCCGCACACUUUAUUUUUCCAGGUUCUCGAACGUCUCCGAUGCAUAACUUUGCCCAAACUGACUCGUUCGCUCUCCACACCCAACGUUUUUCACAAUUUCGACGGUCACUACUAUUCGGUAAUCGACGCAAUUAUGAGAAAUAGUGUGUCGAGUGGAGAGAGAGGUCAGAGAAAUAGUACGGCUGGUCUCGCAACGAAAAAGAAGACGGGUACGGUAGCCACUGGAACUACUGUAGAGCAUCGCCGAAAACGCAGUGCGGCUGAUGUUUAUGGAUUAUUGUGUUGA